AUGGCUUCCGUGGCUGCUCUUUUCGCCCUGGCCGGCCUGGCCGCUGGUGCUACCAUCACCACCACCGAGCCCCCGCUUGCUGCCAUCCAGAGAGCCCAGGCGACCACUGUGCCUCAGACCUGGACUUCCAACGUCACGGGUAAGGCCUUCGACCGUUUCUACCAGGUGUGGCUCGAGAACGUUGACUACAACAAUGCUGCCAACGACACCAACCAGCAGUGGCUGGCCAGCAAGGGUAUCACCCUGACCAACUACUACGGUGUUGGCCACACCUCGCAGCCCAACUACUGCGCUGCUGCUAGCGGUGACAACUACGGCAUGGACAACGACAACUUCCAUGACAUUCCUUCCAAUGUCUCCACCGUGGCUGACCUGCUCAACCUGAAGGGCAUCUCCUGGGGAGAGUACCAGCAGCACAACCCCUACCCCGGGUUCCAGGGGUACAACUACUCCAACCAGGUGACCUACGCCAAUGACUACAUGCGCAAGCACAACCCCUUGGUCCUUUUCGACACCAUAUCGGCCAACGACACCGCUCUGCGUCUGAUCAAGAACUUCACCAGCUUCGACGAUGAUCUUAAGAACCACGAGCUCCCCCAGUGGGCCUUCAUCACCCCUAACAUGACCAACGACGCCCACGACACCAACAUCACCUUCGGCUCCAAGUGGCUGCGCAGUUUCGUCGAGCCUCUCAUGAACAACACAUACUUCUGGGACAACACUCUGCUGCUGCUGACCUUCGACGAGACCGAGACCUACGGUGUUCCCGAGGCCGAUAUCUACAACGACCGCAAUCGCGUGUUCAGCAUUCUCCUGGGUGGUGCUGUCCCCAAGGAGCUGAUCGGCACCAAGGACGAGACCGUCUACACCCACUACUCCACCCUGGCCUCGGUCCAGGCCAACUGGGGUCUUCCCUCCCUCGGCCGCUGGGACUGCGGAGCCAACCUGUUCAGCUUCGUUGCUGACACGGUCGGCUACACCAACUGGGAUGUCGAUGCCACCAACCUCUACAUCAACCAGUCUCUCCCCGGUCCCCUCGAGCAGUGGGGCUACUCCAAGUACCGCGCCAACUGGCCCAUCCCCACCACCAACGACACCUGCUCCGCCGGCAACGGUAUCCUGCAGUCCGUCAUCGACGCCUACAAGGGCCAGGCCCCGACCUACAACUACACCGCCCCCUUCCCCUACGAUGCCGCCUACGGUCUGGAUGUGAAUAUCCCCUACACCCGCAACGGCACCACCUACGUCUCCGGUGUCAACACCACCGGAACUGUUGGAUAUGACACCAACAUCACCACCACCAGCAGCAACUCCUCUGCCUCUGCCUCGGCUUCCGCUGCUGCCAGCGCUGGCGCCGCCUCGGCCAUGACCAUCCCCGCUGCUGGCUCCGUGGUUGCCGCGUUCGCUGCUCUCGUGGCCUUCCUCUAA